AUGGAGACGACACUGCCCUUCUCGUUCGUCAUCAGUGUUGGAGCCUCUUCUGAGGGCCUCACUCGCGAACAGGUCUCGGUCCUGGGCGCCCCUUUUUUCGAUGCCGAUGAUAAGACGCUUGCGAGCAACACCGACUUCCAGGCUUACUUUGACGUCAGUGCUGUUCAAUCAUACGAGGAUAUUGUGUCCCUUCUCGACCGCGGUGCGAGGAGAGUCUUUGUCGACACUGAGCGACUUCCUGAGUAUGCCGACUUCAGAGAUCGCGUAGCCCCCACAGUUUCAACCCUCGACCUCUCAGCCGCCACACCCAAUGGUCUUCUCGUCAAAGACUUUGAUCCUUCAAGUUCCGGUGUCGACGAGUUCGUCAAGCAGGCCAGCGAGAAGAAGCUGUCCAACCUGUUCGUCAAGCCCGUAUCUAGCGCCAACCUCGAAAGCUUCAUCGAGAUUGCCCAGAAGGCUCACGCCAUCCCUAUCAUUCCCUCUGACGCCCUGACUGAGCUGCUCCAGGUCUCCCUGGACUGCGACAACGACGCCAUCAAGUUCGUCGUCAGGCAAAAGGGACGCUUCUGCCACCUCGAGCAAGAUGGUUGCUUUGGCAACUUGACGGGCAUCGCCCGUCUUGAGAAGACCCUCAAGGCUAGGAAAGAGUCUGCUCCCGAGGGCUCCUACACGGCACGCCUUUUCAACGACGAGAAGCUCCUGCGGGCCAAGAUCAUGGAGGAGGCCGAGGAGCUGUGUGACGCCAAGACGAAGGAGGAUGUUGCCUUCGAGGCCGCAGACCUGAUUUACUUUGCCCUCACCAAGGCUGUCAGUGCUGGUGUCAGCGUGGCUGAUAUCGAGAAGAGCCUUGAUGCCAAGGGCUGGAAGGUCAAGAGGAGAAAGGGUGAUGCGAAGGGCAAGUGGGCCGAGAAGGAGGGCAUCAAGACCGAUGCGCCAGCGCCUGCCAAGGCCGCCCCGGCACCUGCUCCCCAGAGCAACGGUGCCAAGUCAGACAAGAUCCUCAUGCGCCGUUACGAUGCGUCCAAGGUCUCGGCUGCCGAGGUCACCGAGGUCCUGAAGAGGCCAUCACAGAAGUCUCCUGAGGCUAUUCUCAACAUCGUCAAGCCUAUCAUUGACGAGGUCCGUUCCGGCGGCGACAAGGCCGUGCUCUCCUACACUCACAAGUUUGAGAAGGCCACGUCACUCACCUCGCCUGUCUUGAGGGCACCCUUCCCGGAGGAGGCCAUGAAGCUUUCUAAGGAGUCCAUCAAGGCCAUUGACAUCUCUUUCGAGAACAUCCGAAAGUUCCACGCCGCCCAGAAGGAGGACAAGCCCCUCCACGUCGAGACGAUGCCUGGUGUUGUGUGCAGCCGCAUGUCCAGGCCGAUCGAGCGCGUCGGUCUCUACAUCCCUGGUGGCACAGCCGUCCUGCCCAGCACUGCUCUCAUGCUCGGUGUCCCCGCCAUGGUCGCCGGCUGCAAGAAGAUUGUCUUCGCGUCGCCGCCCCGCGCCGACGGCAGCCUGACGCCCGAGAUUGUCUACGUCGCCCACAAGGUCGGCGCCGAGAGCAUCGUCCUCGCCGGCGGCGCUCAGGCCGUCGCCGCCCUGGCCUACGGCACCGAGUCGGUUCCCAAGGUCGACAAGAUCCUCGGCCCCGGCAACCAGUUCGUGACGGCAGCCAAGAUGUUCGUCAGCAACGACACCAACGCUGGCGUCAGCAUCGACAUGCCCGCCGGUCCCUCCGAGGUCCGUGACAUUGACGAGGCCAUGCGCAUCAGCAACGACUACGCCCCCGAGCACCUCAUCCUCCAGCUCAAGAACGCCCCCGAGGUCGCCCAGAUGGUCAUGAACGCCGGCAGCAUCUUCAUCGGCGAGUGGACCCCCGAGAGCGUCGGCGACUACUCGGCCGGCGUGAACCACUCUCUUCCCACCUACGGUUUCGCCAAGCAGUACUCGGGCGUCAACCUCGGCUCCUUCGUCAAGCACAUCACGAGCUCGAACCUCACAGCCGAGGGCCUGCGCAAUGUCGGCUCGGCCGUUAUGCAGCUGGCCAAGGUCGAGGAGCUCGAGGCUCACAGGCGCGCGGUCGAGAUUCGUCUCAACUACCUCGACAAGAAAUGA